CGCCUGAGGAGGGAGAGCCGGGGGCCGUCACUUCAGAGUUGGGGCUCAGCAGUCCUCCGGGGAGAGCGCGCCAAGACCGCUGCAGCCGUUGGCCGAUUUUCUUUUUAAAAGCGGGAAGAGAGUUUUGCUUAGAAGUGGUGUACAGAAACUUGGCACCGAGGUGCAGGGAAGCGAGAGACUCAUUGUGCCUCUAAGGCCGAGUGAGGAAUUUGCACACACAUGUGGGACGCAAGCAGCCUUGGAUGCAGAGGUUGAGCCCAUCCACAGUAAUGGCCGCAGCCUUACCCAGGACCCUGGGGGAGUUGCAGCUGUAUAGAAUAUUACAAAAAGCCAAUCUACUUUCUUAUUUUGAUGCCUUUAUCCAACAAGGUGGUGAUGAUGUCCAGCAACUCUGUGAAGCUGGAGAAGAGGAAUUUUUGGAAAUCAUGGCACUUGUGGGUAUGGCUAGCAAGCCCCUUCAUGUUAGAAGGCUACAGAAGGCUUUGAGGGACUGGGUUACAAACCCUGGCCUUUUCAAUCAGCCACUGACUUCCCUUCCUGUCAGUAGCAUACCCAUCUAUAAAUUACCAGAGGGAUCACCGACAUGGCUGGGAAUAUCCUGCAGUAGUUAUGAAAGGAAUAGCAGUGCCCGGGAACCUCAUUUAAAAAUCCCCAAAUGUGUUGCUACCACCUGUGUGCAGAGCUUGGGACAGGGCAAAGCAGAUGUGGUGGGAAGCUUAGCACUGCAGAGUGUUGGUGAAUCCAGACUCUGGCAGGGUCACCAUGCCACUGAGAGCGAGCACAGUCUCUCCCCAGCCGACCUUGGCUCUCCAGCUUCCCCAAAGGAAAGCAGUGAGGCGUUGGAUGCUGCUGCUGCACUCUCUGUGGCUGAGUGUGUGGAGCGAAUGGCCCCCACACUGCCGAAGAGUGACUUGAAUGAAGUGAAAGAGCUCCUAAAAACCAACAAGAAGUUGGCCAAAAUGAUUGGUCAUAUCUUUGAGAUGAGUGAUGAUGAUCCACACAAAGAGGAGGAAAUUCGAAAAUACAGUGCAAUAUAUGGUAGAUUUGACUCAAAGAGGAAGGAUGGGAAGCAUCUCACACUUCAUGAGCUCACUGUUAAUGAAGCAGCUGCUCAACUCUGUGUGAAGGAUAAUGCCUUGCUGACAAGAAGAGAUGAACUUUUUGCCCUGGCUAGGCAGGUUUCUCGAGAAGUCACCUAUAAAUAUACUUACAGAACCACCAAGUCAAAAUGUGGAGAAAGAGAUGAAUUAUCCCCAAAGAGAAUUAAAGUGGAGGAUGGGUUUCCAGAUUUCCAGGAUUCUGUGCAAACUCUCUUCCAGCAGGCUAGAGCCAAGAGUGAAGAACUUGCAGCUCUUAGCUCACAGCAGCCUGAAAAGGUGAUGGCAAAGCAGAUGGAGUUCCUUUGCACCCAAGCUGGCUAUGAGAGACUGCAGCAUACCGAGAGAAGACUGUCUACAGGACUUUACAGGCAAAGCUCAGAAGAGCACAGCCCUAAUGGCUUAACUUCUGAUAACUCAGACGGACAAGGAGAAAGACCUUUGAAUCUCCGAAUGCCUAAUUUACAGAACAGACAACCCCAUCAUUUUGUGGAUGGGGAGGUGAAUAGAAUUUACUCCAGUGAGGCAAAGUCCCAGCCAUCAGAGAGCCUUGGGAUUUUAAAAGACUACCCUCACUCAGCUUUUACCUUCGAAAAGAAAGUCAUCAAAACAGAACCAGAAGAUUCAAGAUAGCUGUGAUUCUCCCACUGUUCUUGGAAAUGGCAUCAAAUUUAAGGAUAAUGCUCCAUCGUAGAAAUAAGCCUUAAUAACCAAUGUUGCCUCAUUCAGCUCAAACAGAUUUCAUAGCCAAAGCAUCAGGACUGGUACGUAGUCUGUAGAAACCAGGAGGACAAAACAACAGCCACAAAAGAGAAAAUUGAGUGUUGCAAUCUGUAACAAAAAUAUUGAUUCAUUCACAUUCCUGUGUAAGUUGUUUUAUGUGGAAGGGCUUACAAAUUAAUAUUGUAAGCAUUCAUUAUUUAAGAAUGUACAAUGUGUUUGUGUACUUUAUAGAAGUAAAAUCUAGAUGUUGAGACCUGUAUGGUCCAAUAGAUGUGGAUACAAUUUAUUUUACUUGAAAUUUUGUUGUCUACUUUAAGUGUGUUUAGCAUAAAUAUUAUAUGUCAGAAUUUAGAAUCUUUGCAGUCAUAAAAAUGAUAGCUUAAGUAACAUAGUUGUUGGCAAGGUUGCAAUGAUUAUGGAAAAAUGGGAAGCAAAUACUCAAUUUAAACUAAGGAAAAUAUUAUGAAUUUAAUAUCUGAUAAAAUAUUGUUCAACAGGAAAUGUGUAGCAUUGAUAUGUUAUUUUCAGUCGUUUAAUCAGUGCAUAAUUUACACAAUAAAUAGUGGAGGAAAAUUAAAAAGAUGCAGAAAAUAUCGCUUACCUAGUUGACUUAGAUGAUAUUAAUAGCUACUUAAGAUGUAACAAGAUAGGAAGCUAUUAACUUGGAUAGAGAACUUGAAACAAGUGGACAGAUGUAUAAAAAAGCCUUGAUUUAAACAUUGGUAUUUUGGAAUGUGUUAAAUAGAUGAAGAUUUAAAGUAUAAUGAGUUAACCUUACAUGAGAUAAAGAUAUGGUGACUGUUAACAAAGGCUAUAUUAGAUAGGUAUUGUUUUAUAUUCAGAAAUUCUUCUCCAUAUACAGGAAUCAGAGAGACUGGAUGGCUUUCACUAGGAUGUCUUCCCACCCAACAUUGCAUCACAAGUGUGGACAAUCACUGCAUCCACAUUUGCAGGAAUAUACCUAUGGAAGUUUAGUUGACACCUAUAUUAUUUAUUUUACAAUUUCAUUUUUCUGCACCUUUCAGAUUUCUGAAUACAGCUUUUUAAAAAAAUUCAUUUCAACCAGAAUUCAUGUUUUUAAUUCCCUCUAUUUAAUUAACGGACUGUGUGAAUAUAUAUAUAUGGGGGUGUACUUAAAUGUACUUGUGUGCUAAUGAGAAUUUCACAUGGGAAUCCAUAGUGGUAAAAAAACAAAAACAACAUCUGCCAAAAUACUUUUUUUUUUUUUGUUGGUUUAAGAGAAGAUAUUUGACAGCUUUACCAACUUCCUACAGAUUUAUCUAACCCAGAUAUUGCCGAGAAGUGUGUAUUGACAUGGAAUAUGUGUUUUUUUUUUUGUUUUCAGUUCUGCUCUAAAUCAUUACUGUGUAAAAAAUAUUAAGUCAUAAUCUGUUACACUAAAAUUUGUCAUCCAAAUGUUAGAUGAAAUGUCUGCACUGUAGUCUCAGAUCACUGUCACAUAUAUAAUUGCUUUUUCAUUUUGAUUUGUAGAAGAGCUUUACAGUAGAAACACCGGUAAACAACUUUUAUACUAUUAAAAGACUUUUUCCCUUCCUAAAUGUUUUAGUCAUACCAUAGUGUUUUGCCCACUGAAGAAGCUUCUUAUGGACUUUGCAACUUUGUUGCUAGCUUGAGGUUGACUAUUGUGGUUGUAUUGUUCACUGUGUGUAGAUAUAGUAUGAGUACGAUUUAAAUAGACUGUUCAGUUUUUAAUAUUAGCCAUAGCACUGGUUAGUAUCUCAGUAGUUUCAUGAAACGUUUCCUGUAUUCUAAUCUAUUUUGAGAAAUUUUUUUUAAUUGUCUUACAGUUGAAGUCUGUAGAUUUUAAUAAGCAACAAUUUUUAAAGAUGCAAUCAAUAAUCUUCCAACUAAUAUUUAUCCAUCUUUUGUGGACCCACAAAUUGCAUCUUUAAAUCCAUAAAUGUUCCCUUAAGUAUCAUACUUUUCUGGUCCUUCAAGCUUAGUGAUAAGGGAAAAGCACAAGAAAAAUUUCAGUAGAAUACAGUUUUUAUUUUGUAAACACUAAUGUAUUAAACUUGCUAUACAUUAAAGCAAAUAAUAUAUAUUUUUAUUUGAAUUGUAUAUAUGAAUUGGAUGUUAUAACUAGUUGGUGUUUUCAUUGUGUUAGAGGUAUUUUCACUGAACAAGGUCAAUUGGUUACCUCAGUAUUACAGCUAAUGUAGUCCAAGGGACCAUUUCUUCCCAAGUCUGUUUUACUUUAUUGUGUGAUGUCUGUGUUUUUGUGACCCUUAAAGCUGUUGGUGAGGUGGGAUGAGUGCACUUGCUUCCUGUGGCAAUAAAGAUUUUCUGUGCCUCACACAUUUAUGUUUAAUAGCACUUUCUGCAAAGCAUUUUCUACAGUGGGUAAUACUCCUAUUAGUCUACUCUGCCUCCCCUAUCUUAUUUGAGCUGGGUUUCAGUGCUAGCGGACAGGAACUUAUGUCUUAAGUUAUGACUAAAUGUUAUUGGCAGCUACCUUCAUUUCUAAAAAGAUAUUUGGUACACGAGUAGUCAGUUUACUCUGGUCUGUCAGAGAGGUCAGUUUGUAUCAUUCUCAUUUAGGAGAAGUUUAUAAAACUCCACCAUUUCUAACCAACUAACGGAUCAAUAAAAGGAGGAAUGUUAGGAUCUAACAUUUAUAAUACAGUCAUGUGCCACAUAACGAUGUUUCGGUCAAUGACCGACCGCAUAUACAAUGGUGGUUUCCUAAAGUAAUGAUGGAGCUGAAAAGUUUCUAUCGCCUAGGGACAUCGUAGUGCAACACAUUACUCAUGUGUUUGUGGCGAUGCUGGCUAGAAGCAAUUAGGGUAUAACUUACAGUCUAGGUGUGCAGAAAGCUAUAUCACUUAGGUUUGUGUAAGUACAUUCUAUGAUGUUCACAAUGAAAUUGCCUAAGGAUGCAUUUCUCAGAAUGUAUCCCCAUUGUUAAGCAGGGUGUGACUGUAUAUUACAAAUACUGUAAAAUGUUAAUGUGAUUUGGCCUCAGUAUUACAGGCUAAUUAUAUGAAAUUGAGCUAACCUGUAGUAAACUAGCGUCAGCCUUACAACAAAGUUUAAUUUAUGAGUUCUGUAAAUUGAUUAAUGAAGAGUUUCACUGUGUCGGGUGCUAGAGUGAAGACCACAGAAGAAAUAUAGGAUAUGAUCCUUGCCCUUUGGGAACUCAAAACCUAGUUGAAUGGGAAGUAAGCACUCAUGUAAAAUUCAAACUUUAGCAUGUUACAGACUUGGGAUGAAGAAGGAGCUGACAUGUAAGUGCAUCCUGUUCAUGUAGGCCUUGUGGUAGUAGGCACUCUGCAGGUGAAAUAAAGCACGUUUAGUGAGUGAGAUUCAAAAGAGAUCUGCCAGGACUGAGGUAGUUAACAUUAAGUGGUGAGAUGUGAUAUAAAGCCAUAGUGGUAGUAAUGCAUUUCACUUUAAGGCCUAUUUUUUUUUGGAUGAAUUAUUGCAGUUUUAUUUUGAAGCUGAUGCCAGUUACAUCUGCUUGCCAGGAUAAUAAUUCAUUUGACAAUUCUGCCGAAUCUAUCAAAAGGUAGGGAGAAAAGUGCUCUUUCCUCUGUCUUAGUAAAACCACUUGGAUAAAAGCUUUAGGAUUUGGUGAUUAUGAGGCUACUAGCACUUAGUGUACCUUUAUAAUUAUAGUUGACAGUAUUUAAGGCUUAACACUUAAAUAAGUAUACAGGGAAUUUCCUACCGUGGUCUGCUCACUUGGCUACUCAAAUAGUUAUGUAUUACUGACACAAUAUACAUUCUGCUUGUGACUACACUUAAUAUAAUGCAUUGAGUCUUCAAAAGAAAAUCAGCCAAGAUAUUAACCUAAUGAAACCAGGAAUUCUGUCUCUUUUAGGAAAUGAAUUCAAUUAGUAAAAUAGUUGGAUUUAGAAUUGAGCAAACAUUUUGUGUUUGUAACACCUUGAAGGAUAUGACCACGUUAUUAUGGUCCAGCUGUGUAUGGGUGGUGUUUCAGGGAAUCCAAGCUUUAUUUGUUAUUAUCUGUGGAUGUUGUCAUAAAUGAGAUUCUCAAAAGUGGGCUUCCAAAGUUAAUAAAAGAAUGAUCUAA